AUCGAUGUGUCUUGUUCUUCUUUUUCUUCUUCUUCUGAGUCUGCCUGUUUUAAAGCCUGUGUGUUGGCGCCAUAGCUCAAACUCACUUAAGUUUUGAGUUUGUGUUGUUCAGUCACUACGACUGUCUCUGAUACACACUUAACUGGAUUCCCAUUGUCUCUCUGCAAGAUUCUAUUCUGAAAGCUGCGAUGGGAUUCGAACCUCAGUCAUCAGCAUACUCGAACCUCGACUCAAUCCUAGUAUCUGAGCUGCAAGACAAUGAAGAAGCAAUUUUGUGUUCCUACACUUCAUGGCUAGAAAAGCAUCCCUUUGCAUUGGACAAGUUUGAGGAAAUGAUGAGCAUUGCUAAAGAAAAAGAGAUUGUUGUGUUUUUGGACUAUGAUGGAACUCUCUCUCCCAUUGUUGAUGACCCCGAUCGCGCUGAUAUGACUGAUGCUAUGCGCACAGCAGUAAAUGAAGUCGCUUGCUGUUUUCCUACUGCAAUUGUCAGUGGAAGGAGUAGACAAAAGGUACGUGAAUUUGUGAGGUUGAGAAAUGUCUAUUAUGCUGGAAGCCACGGGAUGGAUAUCUCAACCCCAAAAGGCUCUUCGAAAUCUGAAGAUCAGAAACAUGAGACCAAGGCUGUUGAUGAAAAGGGUAACCAAGUAGUUCAUUUUCAUCCUGCAGAAGAAUUCCUGCCAACUAUCAAAGAGAUAAUUCAGGUUCUGAAAGAAAAUGUUCCAAGAGUAAAGGGGUCCAAGAUAGAGGACAAUAUGUUCUGCAUCACUGUACACUACAGGCUUGUGAAAAAUGAAAUGGAAGUUGGUAUUCUCAGAAAGAUGGUGGAGUCUAUUAUGGAAGCUUACCCCAAUUUUCACAUAUCAGGAGGAAGAAAGGUCAUAGAGAUACGCCCAAAUAUAAGUUGGGAUAAAGGUUGUGCCGUGCAGUAUUUGCUUGGCACUCUUGGCUUUGAUAGCUUUGACAAGAUCAUACCACUGUACAUAGGGGAUGAUACAACUGACGAAGACGCUUUUAAGGUUAUAAGACGCAUUGGACAAGGUUUUCCGAUCAUUGUUUCUUCAAAAGCUAAGGAGACCAAAGCUUCUUAUUCUCUGCGCGAUCCUGAUGAUGUUUUAUCUUUCCUAAUGCGUCUUGCUAAGUGGAGGAAAAGCUUGUUAUAAGAGCUAAAGCAAAUUGACAAGCUUCAGAAGAAGUUAUGCAGAUAAAAGUAAAACUAGGCUAAAUUGCUUGUGCUUUCUGCAUACUGAGAGAACGGCAGCCAUAGGGGUUUGACACUAACUGGGAGGCAUGCUAUAUAAAGAAGAAACGAACAUGAAAGAUUGCUAGGUUUUAGGAAAAGUUUUAAGAUUUUGUUUCUAUUUGUGUAAAGAGGGUAACAACUAAGAAGUUGUCGUAGGCAUAUAUAAAACCAUUGAGAGCUUAAGAGGUCGGAUACUUGGAUGCUUUGCUCCAAUACACUAAUGGACUACGUAAUACCGUUGCAAGGGAAUUCUUGUUCAUCCGUUUU